AUGGGUGUAGAUACUGAGAAGGAGCCAGCUGCUGAUGCUGAUGUUGCCAAACUGUCUGCACCAAUUAAAACUGUCGAGGAAAAAUGGAAACUCCUUCCUGCGUUUCUGAAGGUGCGAGGUUUGGUCAGACAGCAUAUAGAUUCCUUCAACUACUUCAUCAAUGUUGAGAUCAAGAAGAUUAUGUUGGCCAAUGAGAAGGUUAUGAGUGACGCCGAUCCCAAUUUCUACAUGAAGUAUCUCAACAUUUAUGUCGGAACGCCAGAUGUUGAGGAGAGUUUCAACAUCACUAAGCCGAUAUCUCCUCAUGAAUGCCGUCUGCGAGAUAUGACCUACUCCGCACCCAUCACAGUAGAUGUGGAAUACACUAGAGGAUCACAGAGAGUCAUAAGAAACAAUUUACCUAUUGGAAGGAUGCCAAUCAUGUUGAGAAGUUCCAACUGCGUCUUGAAUGGGAAGAGCCCCGCUGAGCUAGCAAAACUCAACGAAUGCCCCCUAGACCCAGGGGGCUACUUCAUCUGUAAAGGCGUGGAGAAAGUCAUCUUGAUCCAGGAACAACUGUCCAAGAAUAGAAUGAUAGUAGAGUCCAGCAAGAAAGGUGGUGUCACAUGCAAUGUUACCAGUUCAACUCAUGAGAAGAAGAGUCGAACCAACGUCAUCCUCAAGAAAGGACGUCACUUCCUCAAACACAACACCAUGUCAGAGGACAUCCCUAUUGUGGCAGUCUUCAAAGCCAUGGGUAUGGAAAGCGAUCAAGAGAUCGUCCAAGUCAUCGGAGUUGAGGAGAACACGAUGGCAGUAUUCGCACCCAACUUGGAAGAGUGUCAUAGACUACAGAUAUACACACAGACGCAGGCCCUGAAGUAUAUCGGAAGUAAAGUGAGACAAAAGCGCAUGUGGGGCGGAGCAAAACGGAGCAAAAUUGACGAAGCGAGGGAGAUUUUAGCAACCACAGUACUAGCCCAUGUACCCGUCGUUCAAUUCAACUUCAAACCUAAAUGCAUUUAUCUGGCGUUGAUGGUUCGUCGUGUGAUCCAGGCCCAGGGAGAUGCGGUCAAAGUCGACGAUAGAGAUUACUAUGGCAACAAGAGACUUGAAUUGGCCGGGCAGUUGAUAGCACUGCUCUUCGAAGAUUUGUUCAAGAAAUUCAACAGUGAGUUGAAGAAGAUCGCUGACCAGACGAUUCCCAAACCUCGAGCUGCGCAGUUUGACAUCGUCAAGCAUAUGAGACAGGAUCAGAUCACCAAUGGCUUGAUUACGGCUAUAUCAACGGGUAACUGGUCAGUCAAGCGUUUCAAGAUGGAUCGUGCUGGAGUGACUCAAGUACUGUCCAGAUUAUCCUACAUCUCAUGUCUGGGAAUGAUGACAAGAAUAUCAAGCCAGUUUGAAAAGACCAGGAAAGUGAGCGGUCCACGGUCCUUGCAACCAUCACAGUGGGGCAUGUUGUGUCCAUCGGACACGCCAGAAGGAGAGGCAUGUGGACUUGUGAAAAAUCUUGCCCUAAUGACGCACAUCACCACAGACAUGGAAGAGCAACCCAUCGUCCAGUUAGCUUUCAACCUCGGCGUCGAAGACAUCAGUCUAUUGUCAGGCGAAGAGCUGAGUUCUCCAUACACCUACCUGGUUUUCUUGAAUGGAAACAUCCUCGGAGUCAUCUGUGAUCACAAGAAGUUGGUUCGGACGUUCCGCAUGAUGCGGCGCGCCGGUUACGUCAACGAGUUUGUUUCCAUCUUUGCAAAUCAUUCGCAACGGACAGUCUACAUCGCGUCAGACGGCGGCCGCGUUUGCAGACCGUACAUCAUAGUUCAGAAUGCUCGGCCCAAAGUGACCAACCAACACAUGCAAGAACUGAAUCAAGGAAUCCGCAGCUUUGAAGAUUUCCUUGGAGAUGGACUGGUGGAGUAUCUGGAUGUAAACGAAGAAAACGACUGUCAGAUAGCGCUGUAUGAAUCCUUCAUCACCAGUGAGACGACCCAUUUAGAGAUCGAACCGUUUACCAUCCUGGGUGUGUGCGCUGGGCUCAUCCCCUACCCACACCACAACCAGUCACCCAGAAACACGUACCAAUGUGCCAUGGGCAAGCAGGCAAUGGGAACCAUCGCCUACAACCAGCGGAAUCGCAUCGACACCCUGAUGUACCUACUGGCAUAUCCACAAGCGCCUCUCGUCAAAUCAAGGACGAUCGAUCUGAUCGGCUUCGAUAAAAUCCCAGCCGGCCAGAACGCAAUUAUAGCCGUAAUGAGCUACAGCGGUUAUGAUAUUGAGGACGCACUCAUCUUGAACAAAGCAUCCGUAGAUAGAGGUGUCGGACGUUGUCUGGUAUAUCGCAAUCAGAAGUGCACACUGAAACGCUACGCCAAUCAGACAUAUGAUCGUAUGAUGGGUCCGAUGCUAGACGCAGCUACUAAGAAACCAAUAUGGAGACAUGAAGUGCUGGACUUGGAUGGCAUAUGUGCGCCAGGAGAGCGCGUGAAGAACAAGCAAGUCCUGUUGAAUAAAUCCAUGCCGGUUGUCACCAUGAACCCGUUGCCUAGUAACGCCACCGGUGAACAGCAAGCCGAGUACCGGGAUGUGCCUAUAACCUUCAAAGGUGCUCAGGAUUCCUACAUUGAGAAGGUUCUGAUCACCUCAAAUCCUGAAGAAGCUUUCUUGAUCAAGGUGCUACUCAGACAGACCAGAAUACCAGAGAUUGGCGAUAAAUUCAGCAGUCGCCAUGGACAGAAAGGUGUAUGUGGCUUGAUCGUUCAGCAGGAAGAUAUGCCCUUCAAUGAUCUGGGAAUGUGCCCUGAUAUCAUUAUGAACCCUCACGGAUUUCCGUCUCGGAUGACUGUCGGCAAACUCAUUGAGCUGCUGGCCGGCAAAGCGGGGCUCCUGAAAGGAAAGUUCCAUUAUGGAACGGCAUUUGGCGGCGACAAAGUUGUCGACAUCUCUCAGGAUCUCAUCAGUCAUGGCUUCAACUAUCUAGGCAAGGACUAUGUCACGUCAGGCAUCACAGGAGAGCCAUUGAGUGCCUACAUCUACUUUGGUCCAGUGUACUACCAGAAACUCAAACACAUGGUGCUGGACAAAAUGCAUGCCAGGGCCAAGGGACCUCGCGCUGUGCUGACGAGACAACCGACAGAAGGGCGAUCUAGAGAUGGUGGAUUGCGACUUGGCGAGAUGGAACGUGACUGUCUGAUUGGCUACGGUGCUAGCAUGCUGCUACUGGAGCGGCUGAUGAUCUCUAGCGAUCAAUUCCAAGUAGAUGUGUGCGGAAAGUGUGGACUGCUAGGCUACUCAGGAUGGUGUCAUUACUGCAAGUCUUCAAGCAGCGUAUCAUCUCUACGCAUCCCCUACGCCUGCAAACUCCUCUUCCAAGAAAUGCAAUCCAUGAACAUCGUGCCUCGCCUCAAACUCCAGAAAUACACCGAAUAACGCAUGUAAUGUAUGAUAUGCAACGACCUUCCAAAACAAUGCAGGUCAUAUCAAUGGACUCUGUGCGAGAACUAUAGAGGGCGCUUUUUGACCGAUUUCAAGUCUUAAUGGGAGGCCGCACAGCAUGUGCGUAAUGGUUCGCGCAUAAGGGCACGAAAUACGCACGACUUGUUUUGCCCUGAAUUUGCACAAUUUUUGUACGUCUUCGCAUGAGUGUCAGGCGUCGUCAGCGAUGUGUUCGAAUGUCCCUCCAAGUGGUUUCCCCCAACUCUCCAUUUUUAAACAUUGAGGGGGUACUUUCACGUGCUCCAUAAAAACACAUAAACCUAAAUCAGAGACUAACAAAAUUCUAUUAUUUUUUUUAUUCGUUUAGCAGUCUUUUUUGAGAUAAACACAAAUUGUAAACAAUCUGAAAUUACAGGUAAACAAGUAAAAAAGAAAAAAUUCUCUUAUUUCUUUGUUUUUCAUACUUUUUUGGAGAUAAAACACAAGUUGUAUAAAAUUUGAAAAUACAAAUAAACCUCAGAAAGAAAGAAAUCUCACAAAAUUCUCUGAUUUGUUUAUUUUUUUUUUAUUUCUUUAUUAAACACAAAUUCUUUAAAAUUCUAUAAAAAUAGAGUUAAAGUAAAUCCGAUGGCCUGUUGUCAAUAUCUUUUGUUGCGUUUUAUCUUGAAAGGCCAACUGAUAGUGUCCAAACCAAAUUUACACAUUUUCAGACGCAUAUUUCUUGGAAUUGGAGAUACAUGUUAAAAUUGUUUUACGAAAAAUGUUCAAAAACCAGUUUGUCCUCAUGCAAGUCUAUGACAUAUGGUCAACACAAUAGCACUGCACGCACA